AUGGGUGAACUCCCGGGCCUGACCUAUCCAGUUAUCGUUGGUCACGCUAUUCCCGUCCGUUCGUGCUUUCUGAUUUGUAGAACCUCGUCAGGCACACCGUCAAUCAACAGUGAAACCGAAAAUUGGGAUGGCGUGGUGUGGCCACGAGGGCCACGGCGAUUGGAUGCAAGGAUCGAUGGUGACAGCGGCAAUCAUCAUUUUGGUUGCUCCGGUCUUAUCAGCACAACUCCACCACAGACGCGCAAAUCAAAAGCCACUGGUGCUAACUCCCCCACCGGCAGCCACCAAGGUGCGUCUCCCAUUGGCCUCAGACCCAAUGGGCGUCCCCGAAGGAAUUGGCCUGUUCGCGUUCCACGCUCGUCCCGUCUUCGUCAUUUCGUUGCCAGUAUAGCCAAGCCAGAAUCAGGCGAUCGACAAGACGGAUCUCUCUGGGUGUGCCCUCUCUUCCCCACCGCACCUACGUUUAUCCAAUCCACUCCAACGAAGCCCCAUGGCCCACUCUGGCCACUCCGUUGA